AAGGUUAUUUAUCUAUUUCUUUAUUAUUUUUGGCUGUCUAAAAGAACAUUUUGAGCAGUUCAAGUCUUCAGGAGACCUGAAAGAGGAAACUCGUGACGCGUCCUGGUCUUUGGGACGAGGGCCACGAUGGCACACCAUCUCGUUGAAAACAGAAAAUCAAACGGCGCCGUUUGAAACGAUUUCAAAUAAAAAAGACAUACGUAUCACGGGGGUCCGGAGACGUACAUCACAAUCACGGAAAAAACGUCCGAAAGUGUGAGAGGAUCUCCAAGAUUUUGAGAAGAAAGUGCCUGAGAACCGGGUGUCGACGGUAUCGCUCCCGUCGUUCUCUCCGAUCGGAUUCCCACAUUUGGAAGCGUGGACAAGAAUCAGCUGCGGCGUACACACAUGUGUGGAAGGGUGUUGUCCUAUCAUGGAUCUGCUGCGAUCGGAGCCAAUGCAAUUGGUGCAACUCAUCAUCCCUGUCGAAGCUGCUUAUCGUACGAUCUCCUACCUCGGAGACCUUGGCCUCUUCCAAUUCAAAGACCUGAAUGCUGAAAAGAGCCCAUUUCAGAGGACGUAUGCUACUCAGAUCAAAAGAUGUGGAGAGAUGGCACGUAAACUACGUUUUUUCAAGGAGCAAAUGACAAAGGCUGGUUUGUCACCCUCAACAAGGUCUGUGGCAAGAGCUGAUUUUAAUUUGGAUGACUUGGAGGUACAACUUGCAGAGUUUGAAGCAGAGCUGACAGAAAUAAAAGCAAACAAUGAAAAGUUACAGCGUGCUUAUAGUGAGCUUGUAGAAUAUAAGCUUGUUCUGCAGAAGGCGGGUGAGUUUUUCUAUUCAGCCCAAAACACAGCUGUAGCUUGGCAAAGAGAAGUUGAAGCACAUCACAUUGGUGAAGGAUCCAUUGACAGUCCUUUACUACUGGAGCAAGAAAUAUUGACAGAUCCAUCAAAGCAGGUUAAGCUAGGGUUUGUCAGUGGCCUUGUUCCAAGAGAGAAGUCAAUGGCUUUUGAAAGGAUCCUGUUCCGUGCAACAAGGGGUAACGUUUUCCUGAAACAAGCUCUGGUAGAAGAUUGUGUCAUUGAUCCUGUUUUGGGGGAAAAGAUUGAGAAAAAUGUGUUUGUUAUUUUCUUCUCUGGAGAAAGAGUGAAGAACAAAAUUCUGAAAAUAUGUGAUGCUUUUGGAGCAAAUCGUUACCCGUUUAUGGAUGACCUUGGUAAACAAUAUCAGAUGAUCACAGAGGUAUCCAGAAGACUUUUAGAGCUGAAGACUACUGUAGAUGCUGGACUUCUUCACUGGAGCAAUUUGUUGCAGACAAUUGGCCAUCAAUUUGAGCAGUGGAACCAUUUGGUGAAGAAGGAGAAAUCCAUUUACCACACCUUAAAUAUGCUCAGCAUUGAUGUGACAAAAAAGUGUCUGGUGGCAGAAGGGUGGUGUCCUGUUUUUGCAACAAAUCAGAUCCAAAAUGCAUUGAAGCAGGCAACCUUUGACAGCAACUCCCAACUUGGGGCCAUAUUUCAGGUUUUGCAUACAAAGGAAUCACCACCUACCUAUUUUCGCACUAAUAAAUUCACUUUGCCUUUUCAAGAAAUCGUGGAUGCAUAUGGGGUGGCCAAGUAUCAGGAAGUGAAUCCUGGUGUAUACGUGAUUAUUACAUUCCCUUUCCUUUUUGCUGUAAUGUUUGGUGAUUGGGGCCAUGGAAUAUGCUUAUUACUUGCAACCUUAUAUUUCAUUGUCAAGGAAAAGAAAUUUUCUAGUCAGAAACUAGGAGACAUCAUGGAGAUGACUUUUGGUGGGCGUUAUGUGAUUAUGAUGAUGGCACUGUUCUCAAUAUACACAGGAUUGAUAUAUAAUGAAUUCUUUUCUGUCCCUUUUGAACUAUUUGGGCCCUCUGCCUAUGAAUGUCCCGACCCUUCCUGCAGGGGUGCUUCUAUAGUGGGCUUGAUUAGGGUGCGCCCCACUUAUCCAUUUGGUGUGGAUCCUAAGUGGCAUGGUUCUCGCAGUGAGUUGCCAUUUCUUAACUCGUUAAAGAUGAAGAUGUCAAUCCUACUUGGAGUAGCCCAGAUGAAUCUUGGAAUCAUAUUAGGCUAUUUCAAUGCGACAUUCUUUGGAAAUAACCUAAAUAUUUGGUACCAAUUUGUUCCCCAGAUGAUAUUUUUAAACAGCCUUUUUGGGUACCUUUCUCUCCUCAUAAUUGUGAAAUGGUGCAUGGGUUCACAAGCUGAUCUAUACCAUGUAAUGAUAUAUAUGUUCCUGAGUCCUACUGAUGACCUAGGCGAGAAUCAGCUUUUUGUUGGCCAGAAAAUGCUACAGCUUGUAUUGCUCCUACUGGCCCUUGUUUCCAUACCUUGGAUGCUGUUCCCCAAGCCUUUUCUUUUGAAGAAGCAACACCAGGAAAGGCACCAAGGUCGAUCCUACACACUGCUUCACAGUAUUGAUGACUCUCCUGAAUUGGAGCGACAUCAUGAUUCUCUUGGGCAUGUGGAGUUUGAGUUUAGUGAAGUUUUUGUACACCAACUUAUUCAUACCAUAGAGUUUGUCCUUGGAGCAGUCUCUAAUACAGCUUCAUACUUACGUUUAUGGGCCCUCAGCCUCGCCCAUUCAGAGUUGUCUAGUGUAUUCUAUGAGAAGGUUCUGCUUCUUGCCUGGGGGUUCAACAAUGUUGUUAUCCUUACCAUUGGCAUAAUUGUGUUCAUUUUUGCAACUGUGGGGGUGCUGCUAGUAAUGGAAACCUUAAGUGCAUUCCUGCAUGCCCUAAGGCUUCAUUGGGUGGAGUUCCAGAACAAGUUCUAUGAGGGAGACGGUUACAAGUUCUAUCCAUUUUCAUUUGCAUUACUCACUGACGAGGAUGCAUGAUACUGUACUAGAAGCCUAGCUUCUAGGUAAAGAUACAAAAAUUGAUUAAAUUGAGAAGUGUUGAAGUAUAAAUAUAUCAAUUCUUUUAUAAAUA